AUCGAGAAGGGCUCCAUCGUGCGCAUCCUUCGGCCCGAGUCGUACUGGGCCAACGACCUCGGCACCGUCGCGUCCGUCGACCAGUCGAACGUGCGGUACGGCGUCGUCGUCCGAUUCGAGAAGGUGAACUACCAGGGCGUCAACUCGAACAACUACGCGCUCGACGAGCUUCUCGAGGUCGAGAAGCCCCCGGCCAAGGCCAAG